ACCACCGCCUGUUCAAUUGGUGUAACUGUACUCACGUAUACCGUAUGCUACGGAGAUAUUUAGGUUCCAGCUGUAAAUUGUAUGUUUGAGUCACAUCUGACGUCGGUUCGCUCUGCCGACUCGGUGCUGUACUCCGAACUUCGACAGCUAGCGGUGUCCCUUAUCUCGGCCACACAAACGGCAUGCCGAAACAUAGCGGAAAAUAAUCCGGAUCUAUAUAUAUUUAUAGCUAUCAGCUGCCCAGUAACUUUGUUCUGUAUUCUAUCCACUCUUAUUUGUUCUAAUUCUGUUCUAAGUUUGUCCUAAGUUAGGAAUCGCCGUGAGAAUUUGCUUAUACAGACCAACGGUUAAGAUCGAACCCUAAUUCCAUGGCCGGCCAUGGGCGAACCCGACCUAGAAUCGCAGACCCCCAAAACGAUAGACAGGGUCGCAGAAAAGGAAGAGAAAGUUACGAAGGUGGAAAGGGGCUACGGUCUUCCCUUUUGGCGAAAAUGUAUCAUUCUCUUCGUCGUCAGUUGGAUGACACUUGCUGUUACCUUCUCCAGCACAUCUCUUCUUCCUGCAACCCCCGAGAUCGCCGAGGAGUUCAACACCACAACCGAGACUCUCAACAUUACUAAUGCCGGCGUUUUGCUGGCCAUGGGCUUCUCGUCGCUUAUCUGGGGUCCCUUGAACAAUUUAAUUGGCAGAAGGAUCUCGUAUAAUAUUGCGAUCUUCAUGCUUUGUGUGUGUUCGGCGGCGACGGGAGCUGCUGUAGAUAUGAAGAUGUUUACAGCGUUUCGAGUCUUGAGCGGUUUGACAGGAACGUCAUUCAUGGUUUCAGGACAGACCAUUCUGGCGGACAUUUUCGAACCGGUUGUCCGUGGCACAGCCGUAGGAUUCUUUAUGGCAGGAUCGGUCUCCGGUCCUGCAAUUGGACCCUGUAUCGGAGGCCUCAUCGUCACUUUCUCCAGCUGGCGCAAUAUCUACUGGCUCCAAGUCGGCAUGACAGGACUCGGCCUGGUCCUGUCCAUCCUCUUCGUCCCCGAAAUCAAACAACAGUCCAAAGAGGACCCCGAAGAGAAAGAGAAGAGGACCGUACUCUCAGCCCUACGCCUCUUCAACCCCCUCCGAAUCUUCAGACAAUGGGUCUAUCCCAACGUCUUCUUCUCCGACCUCACCUGCGGCCUCCUCGCCACAUUCCAAUACUCCCUCCUCACCUCCGCCCGCUCAAUCUUCAACCCCCGCUUCCACCUCACCACGGCCCUGAUCUCCGGCCUCUUCUACCUCGCCCCAGGAGCAGGCUUCCUGAUCGGCAGCAUCGUCGGCGGCAAACUCUCCGACCGCACCGUCCGCAAGCACAUCGCCCGCCGCGGCUUCCGAUUACCCCAGGACCGCCUCAACUCCGGCCUCGUCACCCUGUUCGCCGUGCUGCCCGUUUCGACGCUGAUCUACGGCUGGACCCUGCAGGAGGAGAAGGGCGGCAUGGUCGUACCCAUCUUGGCGGCGUUUUUUGCUGGCUGGGGGCUGAUGGGGAGUUUUAAUACCUUGAAUACUUAUGUUGCUGAGGCCUUGCCUCAUAAACGCUCCGAAGUCAUCGCUGGGAAGUAUAUCAUCCAGUAUGUCUUUUCGGCGGGGAGUAGUGCGCUUGUGGUCCCGAUUAUUAAUGCGAUUGGCGUUGGGUGGACUUUUACCAUUUGUGUGAUCCUUUCCAUCAUCGGUGGUCUGUUAACGAUGGCUACCUCGCGAUGGGGCCUUGAUAUGCAACAAUGGGCGGAGCGCAAGUUCCGCAUUCAUGAUAGACCUGGGUUUUGAUUCGGGUUGAUCUUAUAUUUAUGAUUAUGGUUAUGGAUGUGCAUAUGGUUAUGGUAACGACAGUGCGUUGUUUUAAUAGAUAUUAGAGAUGAGCUAGAUCUAAAA